AUGCCCACGGCGCGUUCGAAGCGUCAGCGCACGCCGUCCGCCACCUCCUCUCCGCUGCUGACGCAUGCGCUGGAGGCACGUGGCCACCGUAUUGCCAGCACAUCCGCGAGCGUCAUGCCGCACGGGGAGGAAGAGCUGGUUCUGCCGCCCCCCACCAGCAAGCUGUGCGCUCAUGGUAGCGCCCACCAAGGCACCGAUGACAGUAAGUCUCGUGAUGAAAAAAAUAUUGAUGUUAAUAAUACUAGUAAUGCACAUUUUGGUGCUUCUAGUGCUAAUAGUAAUGGCUCCAUGAUCACUGCCGCUGUUGCGGAGCAAUUCUUGGCUGUGGAGAUUUAUUUUCAGCUUGUAGGUCAAAGAAAUCAAGGCGAUUUUCUCUUUCCGCGCGACGUUGGGGACUUGUUGCUGUGGUCCGUGCCGGCUGCGGUGCCGUUGAUUGAGGGUCCGCGGGUAUUUUUCCUCAAGAACAAAUCGAGGCUGCGGGAUGUGGUGAUGAUUUGUGUGAAUGGGUGGACACAUGAUGAAAUGAUACUUGCCUAUGCCAGCAAUCCCGCCGAAGAUGAUGGCAUCCAUGAGGAGGAGGCGAAGCACUCGCCGAGGGGACAGCCGUUGCGUCACGAAGCAGCUGAAAUGAAGGCCCAUAAUGGAAAUAGUUGGGCGGAGCGCAUUGGUCGUGCCAUGCUGGCCCCAGUACGCGCGCAGCAGUGUUGGGCACGAAAGGAGUGUGGCGUGCAAUUUGCGCCCAUGCUUCUUCCAGGCGCAAGGAGUUCACUGGUGCGUGAGAUAUUCUGGCGAAACGAUGCACCGAAAGCACCUCGCGACGGCCAACGCCGCGGUUGCCCCUCCUUGAAUAAAACAAAUGCCGAGCAAAAAUGUGAAAAAUCGGAUAAUCGUGGUGUGGCGGUUGUCGGCAAACUACCCUCCGCCACCUCAGAAGCAGCAGCAGCAGCAGCAGCAUCAAGUGGUGUGGGAAUUUUUUUUAAGCGCGCGUUGGUGAUUCACGGCAAGGCGACGACGAACGACGAGACCUCGUUGUCACCGGCGGCGGCGGCGGCUUCUUCCGUCCCGUCCAACGUGGCUGAGGUGCGGCGGCCCGAUGAUGCCGACCCCUCGCUUUGGGACGACCGGGCGACGCUGCUGCGGUACGCCUUGUCCAUUGAGAAGGACAGGGCGGUGUUGGGGGGCCUGGGGUAUGUUCUCGAUCUGCCAUCCGACUGUGCAGAGGCAGUUGAAUGGAAGACGUUUGAUGCCUCACAGCCGUCAACGGGAGAGGGCGACGGAGUGCAGCCCGUGCGUGUAUUUGCGAUGGACUGCGAGAUGGUACUCGUCGCAGACAACGUGAGUGCUCUGGCUCGUAUCACACUGCUGGAUGUGCGAGCCGGUGCCGUGGUGCUGGACACGCUGGUGAAGCCGGCGACGAAGGUGGUGGAUUAUAUCACACGCUACAGCGGUGUCGAUGAGGCGAUGUUGGAAGGUGUGACGACAACUCUGCAGGACUGCCAGCGAGAACUGCAGCGGCAUAUUGACACAGAGACGUUUGUUGUAGGACACAGCCUGGAAAACGACUUCAGGGCAUGCAAGAUGCUGCCCAACUGUUAUGUACUGGACACGGCGCACUUGUUUCCUCAUCCUGCGGGGUUGCCUUAUAAAAAUUCACUGCGAUUCUUGGCGAUGCAUUAUCUGCAGAAGAAGAUCCAGCAAGGAUCCCACGACAGUGCGGAGGACGCUAGCACCAGCGCGGAGCUUGCGUAUUUGAAGCUAAAACACGGCCCGGAAUUUGGGAUUCGGAAGCGAGUGAGUAUUCUGCAGCUUAUAGAGAACUCAGCGAUGGCAGGGGGAGGUAACACCGGGGAACUGGGGAAACGGGAUAAAACUCCUUCCGAACAUCCAGCAACACCGCCAACAGACUCAUCAUCGUCGUCGCUUUGCAUGGAACUGAACCUGUUUGACGACGCGUGCGUCCUGCGUGACAUCAUUCCCAGUGGUGCCGAUGCAAAGAAUGGCAGUCUUUUGCACGCCGUACCUGUGCGUCACGACAGGGAUGCGAUGCGGAAGGCCGUGCGGUGCCUACAGCAACGUCGGUGUGAGAAACAGCACACAGAGGACGGCGUGCCAUGUUCCUACGCACUGACUUGGGUGCAACUCACCGAGACGGUUGAGCCUCGGCGGCAGGAUGUCGAAGAGAACGAGAAGGAGGAGGAGGAGGAGGGGCGGUCGUGGGAACAACUGCAACUGGAGCGUGUGGACGAGACGAAUCGGCGCGUCAUGCAAAUUAUUCGUGCGGCACCUCAUAACAGCCUUAUCGUGGUUCUCGCCGGCGGUGGUUCAAAAAGCGCGGAGGGGACGUUGUCUGGCAAUUCACGUGGCGUUUGCUUCGCAUUUGUGAAGGACGACAACUCGCCCGGGCCGCCGGUGGCGUGGCUGGACGCGGAGCCACAAGUCUCCGUCACCGCAGCGUCCCCGGCAGGAGCAGCCGUGGGCCGUGGCGGCACGGUGGAAACACCCCCGGCGUGUCAGCAGCAGUAA